UUACACGCACAUUUGCAGCAGAAAAUCAGCGAACGCCCGUUUAACUUCCUCUCCUGCAAGAAGACAUCCACCUUAUGGGACUCUGGAAGAGCGGGCAUAGUUUUGAAUUGGAUGAACUAUGGAGGAUGCGUCCUCGGCAUGAGUGAGGAGCAGACGGACCGACCGAGAACAGAACGAGCGGUGUUUGUUGCCAACACACUCCUUAACGGUGUGCGAAUCAUUCGACUGCGUUCUUGACGUUCCUCAGUAACUUUAGGGAUUUCGCGCGCGUUCCGCGCAGGUUCCUCUCACGAAACCGAAUUGUUUAUUUUCCCCCCCGUCAUUCAAAAUUUAAAACUUGAAAACUUUAAAGCACUUCUGUGAUAUACCUGUGGUAUGUAAAUAUAUGGAAAGUCAUAAAUGAUGGCAGUAAGUUAGGCUACUUAUGUUUCGUCGACGUACCGUCCCAUACAGAUCCUAACGGAAAGCGUUCGAGCAGCCUGCUGUUGCUAUGGUGACCUCCUCAGGCGAACGCGACUGUUUGCGGCUGUCUAUUUAGUGUGCUAACUUGUAAUCUAACUUUUGUGGUUAUUGAAACAUUGUUUGAAAGUAUAUCUACCUUUAAAAAAAACAUUUUAUGUUGACUUCCCGUGGGGGGUUAAGCUUUAAUUAGACUAGCCGAACCCUUCAAAUAACAGCCAACUAUUUACCGAAGGCCAACUGUCAUAAUAGGUAGCCAGAUAUUCGCCUGUCAGAACAAACUUUUCUUACGUGGAUAUAAAAAUGAAAACUUAUCUGAUGGAAAGCUAUGCUUAAACUAGAAUCAAUACACGUCGAAAGCCUGUUUAAAAGGUGCUUGAAUGUAACUCAUACUGUCAUUUAUGUGAAAAGAAGGCGUGUGAGCGUGACAAGGCUGGCUUUCCGUACUUACGGUGAUGUUUAACAAACUACGGACGGACUUUACGCCAUGUGAAGUGCCACCAGAGCUGUAGACGCACUUGUUUGCGUCCAGUUUGUGGUCCUACGUGAACAGAGAGCAAAAGGGGGAAAAGUGAGGAAGUGAAACGGGCUAAUUACUCAGUCCAUCCCUCAUUUCCAUAUCCAGAGAGAGUGUCUACUGGCGUGCGGCCAAUCCCUCAUGCAGGCGCAACGUAAUACAUGACCCUCUAUCAUUAUAACGCCGACAUGCGCAAUCUGCACAACGGUAACAACAUCUAAUAUCUCUUAUUCACUGACCCCGGGACUGUACGGGACUGCCUGCGUCCGAUGUUUCUGCAGAUCGGAGCGCCGACGCGAAGCGCAGAGACAUGUCCCGAAGAAAGCAAGCGAAACCUCAGCAUCUCAGAUCGGACGAAGAGGGAGCACAGUCGGACAAAAGUCCGGAUAACGCACUUCUGUUGAGGGGAGGCGAUGAGGAGGACAGCGGCACAGAGAGCCGCAGCGGAGGUGAGGAGACGCACGUGUGCGAGAGGUGCUGUGCUGAAUUCUUCAAGUGGUCCGAAAUGCUGGAGCACCAGCAGAAGUGCACGGAAGACCCCCCUGUGCUGAUAGUAAAGGAGCACGAAGAGAAGGCUAUUUCCCGAGGAUCGCCGACAGAAUCCCUCUUGAGCGCCCACAGUGACUCAGCAGAAAUGGAGGCCAGUGAGCUCAACUGCGAGCUGGCCGAGAAAGUCGACGAGAUGCCUGAGGAAACCCACAUCAUCGACCUGAAUGAACCAAUGGAUAUAAGUUUGCCCGAGCAUAAAACAUCAAACCUCAGCCCUCUACCACUUGACAAUGAAAUCACCUCCUCUUCCCCUGCACCACCUAUUACCAAUCACUAUGACAUGCCCAGCACCAACGUGACCCUGGAGAUUCUUCACAGCACCCGAGUGGCCGUUGCGCAGUUUUCCCAGAGCAUUCACUGCGCGGGGUCUGCAGGCAAGCUGAACUCAGCUGCGAUACCUAUGAUUCUGGAGCAGCUGAUGGCGCUGCAGCAGCAGCAGGUUCAGCAAUUACAGCUCAUUGAGCAGAUCCGCAGCCAGGUCGCUGUAAUGAAUAGGCAGCCUACGCAAGCCGCCCUUAAUCCUGCCUCAAAAAGCCUGCCCUCUGACUCUAACACUUACAAUUUCCAGGGCAUCGCUCCACCCCCUGUACUUCCAUUAUCUGGGGUCAUGCCCUCUGCAGUGAAUGGGCAGGCUUCUGUAUCCCAGGCAUCUAUGCUUGCAAGGCCACCAUUGCUGUCUUCCCAGCCAAGCAGUGGACAAAUCAGCUCUAGAGCACUGGAGAGUGCCACUGCUUCCGUAACAAGUUCCAGCCCUCAUCUCUUCAGCUACAACGGGGCUUCCCCGCUCUUGCCCACCUGUAGCGGAUCGCACUCUAACGUUACUAACACCCAGUCCAUAAGCACUCCCAGCCCACUAUCAGCUGGCCAGAGUAGCCUCCUUAGCCCUUCUGCCAACCUGCCAUUACUACCUCAAAGCCCUCCCAACGGAGUCAUAUUUCCCAAUCCACUGGCCAGUAUUGCAGCCACUGCCAGUGCAUUAGACCCACUUGCUGCUAUGAUGAAGUACCGUAAGGGCAAACUGCCCAGCGUCUCAAUGUUUGACAGCAAGCCCAGUUCCGAGGACCCUUUCUUUAAGCACAAGUGUAGGUUCUGCGCUAAAGUGUUCGGCAGCGACAGCGCCUUGCAGAUUCACUUGCGCUCGCACACGGGCGAAAGGCCCUUCAAAUGCAACAUUUGUGGCAACCGUUUCUCGACAAAGGGAAACCUUAAAGUCCACUUCCAAAGGCACAAGGAGAAGUACCCUCACGUUCAGAUGAACCCGUACCCAGUCCCAGAAUACCUUGACAAUAUCCCUACCAGUUCCGGGAUCCCCUACGGGAUGUCUUUUCCUCCGGAGAAGGCAGGACCUACUUGGUUAGACAGCAAGCCUGUUCUUCCAACAGUGCCGUCCUCAGUGGGUCUGCAGUUGCCACCCACGGUACCAAUUAUUGAAAGCUUAAGUGAUUCAUUUACAAGCACACCCUCUGAAAGAUCUCCACACAGGCCGUCGCCAGCCAGAGGCGAACUUGCACCGUCGUCCCCCAAUCCCACCGGCACCGAGACAGAUAUGUCCACCAUUGCGGCCUCCCCUAAAUCAAACAGAGAAGGAGAGAUCACACAGAGCUUCAGUACAGAAGAAGUGCACCUGCCAUCAAACAGUAUGAUUAGAAACGUCAACAACCCAAACAACCUGCUUCUGCAGUCCAUGUCUACAGAAAAACCUGUUAAGGGAAAUGUAACCGAGUCCACUGAUGCUCCUUCAGUUGAUACUAAGUCGUCCUCUCCUCCACUCAUCUCAGAUCAAUUCAAGGCCAAGUUCCCAUUUGGUGGUCUCCAAGACUCUAUGCAAACAUCUGAGACAUCGAAACUCCAACAGCUUGUGGAAAACAUCGACAAGAAGAUGAUGGAACCCAAUCAGUGUGUGAUCUGCCACCGUGUGCUAAGUUGUCAGAGCGCACUGAAGAUGCAUUACCGCAUCCAUACAGGGGAAAGGCCAUUUAAAUGCAAGGUUUGUGGACGAGCGUUCACCACAAAGGGUAACUUAAAAACACACUUCGGUGUACACCGUGCAAAGCCUCCUCUUCGGAUUCAGCAUUCAUGCCCGAUCUGUCAGAAAAAGUUCACGAAUGCUGUCGUACUACAGCAGCACAUACGCAUGCACAUGGGUGGCCAGAUUCCAAACACUCCUCUGGCAGAAACCAUGUAUGAGAAAGAUACAGAUAUGGAGAGUUUUGACAGCAUGAGCACUUAUGAUGAUGACGGUCUUGAUGAUAUUUCAUUUGAAGAAGAAGGGGAUGUUGUGGAGAACAAUGAAAACACCCUAAGCUCUUUUUCAGACAGUCCACCACCUAUCUCAUCUCUUCCAACCAGUGUAUCGGAAACUCAAAGCGUUGGGGGCGACUCAGCCGUCAGUCUCAGCCAAUCAAAUGGAAAAAAGAUGGUCAGGUGCGGACCUAUGGAUAACGAUCUUCAUGCUCUGGGCUCUACUACCACUGGCGAAAUGGAGAACCACAGCAUGAGAACCAGUUUAAUGCCACAUGCGUCUAGUUCAAUUCACAUUACACCCUAUCCCAACAGUCAGCCUGAGGGUCAACAUGAGCACUUAGUCUCUCUGAACCUCUCCUGUAAAGUCCCAGAGGCAAUAGCUAUCGUAAAAUCUGAAACAACAGAUUGUCCUGCAGCAAAUACAGUCAACGAGGUGACUGUUAAUCAAACGGGAAUCCAGCCUAUUAACUCUACAGUCAAGAAAGAAAACACUUUCAACUUGCAGUGUUUCAGUAAGGAAAAUGAAAAUGUUCAAAGGUCUACUGAACAGGAUACUAAAAAUUCGCCGACUGCGGUGAAACUGGAGAUGAAUGCUUGCAGUAGACCAUACAUGCUAAAAGAGGGGCCUUUCCCUGCAUUUGGCCUGCAGUCUCCCACCUCGCGCUCAGAGGUGAUGAUACCGGGCGUCACCUCACUCACUGGACCACCCCCUCCCAGACGGACCCCUAAGCAACACAACUGCAGUGCAUGUGGGAAGAACUUCUCUUCUGCCAGUGCCUUGCAGAUCCACGAGCGCACACACACCGGCGAAAAACCCUUCGGCUGCUCUGUCUGCGGUCGAGCAUUCACAACCAAGGGUAAUCUCAAGGUGCACAUGGGCACCCAUAUGUGGAAUAACACUCCUGCUCGUAGAGGAAGACGUCUGUCUGUGGAAAACCCAAUUGCCCUUUUGGGUGGUGACGCCCUGAAAUUCAGCGAAGCGUUUCAGAAGGAUUUAGCAGCGCGGGCCAUGAAUGUGGACCAGAACUUCUGGAGCCGAUAUGCAGCAGCUAUAACUAAUGGCUUAGCAAUGAGAAACAAUGAAAUAUCAGUCAUUCAGAGUGGAGGAGUCCCCCAGCUUCCUGCCAUUACUGUGGCCACGGACAAGGCUAGCACUGGAAACAGCCCACCAAUCACAGCUAUGGAAAAAACAGGCUUAGAAAGGGGCGCUGGACAACACUUCUCCAUGAUGAUUGAUGACAAAAAAGACAUUGGAAUCAAUUAACGUAAAGGUGACAUAUUCUUUCUCCUUGCAUAAGGAACGCUGAAAAUAAACGUGUCUUGAUUUUAUAAAAUCAGAACAAACUCUUUAGAAUGUGCUUGAUUCAUGUGGGAAAAGAUUCAGUUUAUCUUAUGCUAUAAUGGCACUUGUUUUUUUAAUUUUAUUGUUUAAACUGAGGCCACGGUUAGUUUUUCAAUUAUGUCCACUGACUGAAACCUUACACUUGAUUCAAGGGCAUUGCUUUGAGAUGAAAUGAUUAUUUUAUGUUGUAAAUAUGUAUUCUAUUUUAUUUUAUUUGUUUUUACCCUGAUUUUGCUGUUAAACAUCGCUAUAUUCAU